AUGCCACAAGGACUGAAAAACUCAACAUCUGCUUUUCAACGUAUUAUGUACGAUUUAUUAGUCAAUACACCAUGGGAUUAUUGUCUUGCGUACAUUAAUAUUGUUAUAAUAUUCUCACAAACACUUGAACAGCAUUUAAAUCGUUUGACAAAAAAAGACACCAAUGUUCUGCAGAAAAUUCAAGAAAGUCGAACAUUAAUAAAAACAACUAUUGAGGCUAUUGAACGGAUUAAAAGCACAAAGUGGGGAAUACGACAAAAGAUUGGCAUCACUGCUGAAAGACUUCAUGCAAUGACGUUCAAUCUGGAUUUCAUCACAAAAGAUUCACCCAUUAGAGCUUCUCUGGCCAAAUAUGCUGAUUCAGCUAACGAUAUAAUAUUGAAAGAUACAUCUGGAAACGAUAAAAAUAGUUUAUCUACCGUGCAACUAAAGUAUGGUAGCGAGACUAAUGUAAAAAUGCUCGGAAGUCCUAAGUAUAGUCAAGUGAAUCAAAAGGUUGCUCCUAAAGGUAUGAGUGGCGGGAAAUGGAGCGAAAAUAUCAAAUAUGACGGUAUCAGUAGUAAACCAUUCGAUAAUGAAGAGGUUCAGAAGUUCCUUUCAAAUACAGAACGAUCUUUUAACAAGUUCCGUAUGGACAUAGGAUCAACAGCUGUGAAGGCGGCUUUGACAAGUGGAUUAGUGAAUGCAGGUAUAUCUCUGGUGUUCAGUGAUUCUAUUUUAACGGCUAUAAGAAACCGUAAGAUUACUCAGGAAGAACUGAUGACAGCAGCUAAAACCGCAGCUGUGCACGGAGUGUCAGGUGCGAUUCAAGAAUUUAGUGAUAUAACAGGCAUUGAAGCCACUUUUGUUUUCCGACGUGAAGAUGAUCAAUUUUAUGUCGACGGACCAGACGAUGAUGUUAACGCGAGUGUGGAAGUGCUAAUAACAAAAAACGAAAAAAAAAAUAUCGGCACGCAGUAUCAGAUUUUCGAUUGUAAAAUGGUCAAUAAAUGUAUCAUGUGCAGUCUACGAAAAGCCAAUGAAAUUCUAGCUUGCACAUCCAAUAAAUGUAUUAGUUUCGUUCAUACAAAAUGUAUUGGUAUUACUGAAGUGAAAGCCAAAGCACUUGAUUGUAUUAUGUGGCGUUGUCCGCAACAUCGUAAAUGA